GAUUAUACUUAUCAUCACAUUAGCUCUCUCUAUCAAGAUUGUCUAAUAAAAUUCGCAAAAUCACUAGGCCUUUUUGGUCUCACGUGUUGCAAACACGUUUCUUUAUCAUGAUAAAAACACGUGUAUACUCCGCUCCUUACGCACUAAUUUACUACAGUAAUAAAUUAAUGCGGCACAUAAGUAUGCUGAAGUUACAUUAAUUAACAUGACUUUCUUUUCAUGUUUUUUGAAUAGGUUUUGCAACAAAAAUGUAUCGUAGGUUUUAAUACAAACAAAACAAAAAAGUCUCACUACCGAUUGACAUUUCUUAUGGUCAUGCAUGGCCACGCUUUUAAAAAUUAUUUUAGUAAUUACUGAUAAUGACAAUUUAAGUGAUAUUGUAUAAGUUCUAAAAAAGAUCAAUCAUCAUAGGCUCAUUGCCUUUGGAAAUUAUGACCUCUAUCCAUCAAAUUAUCACAAAAAGUUUGUAGAGACCAAUGAAUGCGAAACCUAGUAGUUUCAUCCAAAUCCGUUAAUGAAUUCAACGAUCAACAAUUAUGCAAAGAUUAUCACAUCAAUUACAAACGACUACUUACUUAAUUAAUUAAUAGUACUGCAGAGGUUUUGUGCCAAUAUGUUCUUUGAUGAAAUACGGCGCGGCGCAUGCUCCUUUCAAACGACGUGGAUCGAUAAGCAAGUGUUUGGACUUUAGUGGCUGCAUGUCACGCAAGUAAUUGUGAUCCUAUUUUUAUUUGUAUUAAUUAAGUAGGAUUUUAGUUUCAUAGUGUGCUAGUUAGCCGGUGAAGUGGCCGUGGAAGGGGAGAAUCAAGCUGUGGCGGGGGGCGUCGGCCUCGCCGUGAGUAGUAAGGUAUACCCCAGCCCGGGGGCGGCGCGCGGCGUCUGGGCGCUGCCGCAGCCGCCCCCGUGCACUAUGGCGGCCGAGGAGGCUCUGCCCCCGUGCUCGCCCAUGUCGCCCGACGCGCCCGCAGCGCCUCCAAGGACCAUCACCAGCUUCAACCAUCAUUCCGAUCUUCACCAACUCAUAUUUGAAGCUGUGCGCUCCGGUGAAGUAUCAGAGAUCGAGCGUCUAGUGGAGAAGCUGGGGGUGGAAGUGCUGAGCGCCCGCGACCAGCACGGCUACACCCCCGCGCACUGGGCGGCGCUGGACGGCAGCGUUGCCGUCAUGCGCUACCUCGUCGAGCGCGCCGCGCCCGUCGACCUGUCCUGCCUCGGCACUCAAGGUCCACGUCCCAUCCACUGGGCUUGCCGCAAAGGCCACGCUUCUGUGGUCCAAGUUUUAUUGCAAUCAGGAGUAGCUGUUAACGCGGCAGACUUCAAAGGUUUAACACCGUUAAUGACAGCCUGUAUGUAUGGGAAAACGGCGACAGCAGCCUACUUGCUAGGCAUGGGUGCCGCCACCAGGCUCUCAGACAUCAAUGGAGACACCGCACUGCACUGGGCAGCGUACAAAGGCCACGCAGAUUUGGUCCGUUUGCUGAUUUACUCAGGGGUUCCUUUGCACUGCACGGACAACUUCGGAUCCACGCCGCUGCACCUGGCGUGCUUGUCAGGCAAUCUGACCUGCGUCAGGCUGCUAUGCGAAAAGGUGAAGGCAGAACUGGAGCCUCGGGACAAGAACGGCAAGACGCCUCUCAUGCUGGCCCAGAGCCACCGUCACGCCGAAGUGGUGAAGCUUCUCCAGAAAGAGAUGAAGCGCAAGUCCCACUGGAUGCCGCCGCUGUCGGAGCUGUGGGCGCUGCUGUUCGGAGGCGCCGGAGACUCCAAGGGACCGCUGCUGUUCUUCUUGGUCUCUGUACUCUUGUGGGCCUACCCGAUGUAUGUUAUUCGCUGCAUACCACUAACCUGGAACACUUUACGCCUAUCGCACUACUGCUUUCUCUACUGGAACGCGAUCAUGUGGCUGAGCUGGGUGAUCGCCAACAGGCGCGACCCGGGCUACAUCCCGCAGAACUCCGAGACCUACUACCGCGCCAUCCGCCAGAUACCGUACUACGACAAGUGGAAGAAGCGGAACGUGAUCCUCUCGCGGCUGUGCCACACUUGCCGGUGCUUGAGGCCGUUGAGAGCGAAACAUUGCCGCAUCUGCAAGCGUUGCGUGGCAUACUUCGACCACCACUGCCCUUUCAUAUACAAUUGCGUGGGAGUGCGGAAUCGAAUGUGGUUCUUUCUGUUCGUGAUGAGUGUGGCCAUCAACUGCACUCUCUCAAUAUACUUCGCCUGCUACUGUCUCCUACUGGAAGGCUUCGGCCUUCUCUACGUCCUAGGCCUACUGGAAGCGAUCACCUUCUGCGCACUUGGCUGGAUACUCACCUGCACAUCUAUACUGCACGCCUGUAUGAACUUGACCACGAACGAAAUGUUCAACUACAAAAGAUACCCGUAUCUUCGCGACAAGAGAGGACGCUACCAGAAUCCCUUUUCUAGGGGCCCAAUCAUGAAUCUGAUCGAAUUCUUUGUGUGCCUUCCUGACAAGUGUGAUGAGCAAGACUUUUUCCACGAAGAGACCAUAUGAUGUGAAAUUACUGAACCAGGAAAAAACAGAACGAAUAGGACUAAAGAAAGUAUGCACGAUAUGUGGCCAACACCGGCGCAAUCAGCAAUUAAUUUUAAUAAUUAACACCAGCUUAAUUAUAGUCACUAGAUCUCUUUAUAAAUGCAAGAAGCUUGCAAAUAAUAGGGUAUUAUUACGGUGAUAAUUACGCAAGUUUCAUGAUUUACAUAAUACUUAAUAGCUAUGUUUAAUUAUUUAUAAGUUGGUUGAACUAAGUUCAUAAAUUUUCUUGUAAGGUGAAUGUAAUAAUGUUUAACUUAACCUUACUUAUUGACAUGACGUAUUUAUUAUUAUUUAUGCAAAAAAAAAAUAACUUCAUAAAAUUUUAUGAAAAUAAUUCAUAAGGAAAACAUACAUUGGUACGUUAGCUAUAGCAGCACUCGAGAGUUAAGUUUUCAUGAAGUAAUUCAGAAUUAUCCUUUAUUUUUGGUGCCGACUGUACCUACCUACCUAUAUUACCUACCCAAUUUUUCCGAAUAAAUAUAAAAUUUUAUGUGCAUUUAUGUGAAAUGUUAAGCCAUGAUGUCAUUAAAUUUCCUCACGAUAGCUAUAUUACAAAAACACCGGUAUUUUGUAUCAUUAGAGUUGCGCAAUGUUGCUGUACUAGCUUAAUUACGAAAUUGAAUGAACAUAAGUACACUACAAUUGCACAAAUUGUUUCUAAUAUUAUAAUGCGUGUGUGCUUGUAAUCUAAGUACUUGAGAAAUUGUGACUAUGACCUCUAUAAUAGUAAUAGCUAUUUACACAACUGUUAUUAAAGUUGCUACUAACUGUAAAUACUCUCGUACUAGCAAUUGUAAAGCUUAGUUUAAAAGUAUAUUCCUGUUAUGUCUAAAUGCUACAUUCAUAGUUUAUUAAAUUUAUUUUAAUUAAGAAUUAUUUUAUUGAAUAACUACCUAUUUAUAAAUAUUUUUAAAAGGUACUAACGAAUGAUUAAGACCUAACACUGACACACUGAGUAAUCUAAACUACGAACCAGCGCUUUGACUUUACAAUAGGUACCUACAACGCGAUGGUAUUAUUCCUCCUAAAGCAAAGGUGUAAAUCAUCGUAAAUUAAUACAACAUUUUCAAUAGUUACAUUUUUAUUAAUAAGCGUCAAGUAACAGUAAAUAUGCUCAGCAAAAAAAUGUUACACAACCUAACUAAAAUGUUUCACUACUGAAUAAAAUAAAAUAAAAAAUGAAAUACAAGAAAUCUUGUUCACAUUUUUCCUUAAUAAUGGUUUAGGUUUUAACCUAAAUAUCACAAGUCUCAUUUUUACACAUCAGUCAUUUUGCUAUGUAAUAUUUAGCACUCCAGCUGUAUCCGCACGUAGUUCGACAAUCUAAUUGUCUAGUAGCAGAGAAAGUUAUUCUGAAGUACAAUCAAGUGCAUUACUACAAGCUAAUAACAUUUUAUACACCACAUAUGUCAUAUUUAUAUAAAUAAAAACAAUUAACAAGUUAAUAAAUAAUGUUCUUGGUUCGGCAAUUUUAGUUCACAUUUCGAAAAUAAUUUAGAAAUCAUGUAAACUUAAAUUAUUCAUAACAAAUGCAGCUAGACUAGUUAUAUGCACUUAUAAAUAAUAUGUGGUUUAUAAUAAUACUGAUGUGU